AUGGUGUCUUUGGUCUUUGGAGUAGAUGUAGAUCCUCAUAACGAUCUUAAAAGCGUUUACAACUCGUUACGUACUGAAGAACAAGAUGUCUGCUACAGCAAGCUUUGGAAUUUCUACUGCAAACUCAAAUGUGGAAUGAAAGUCGGCUUGUGCAUUGAAAAACAAUGUUAUUGUUUGUUUGUUGUCAACGCUUCAAAAACUAAAGUUGAUGUGCAUGCUUUGGACGAGCCUAUGAUGUAUUCUUCGCGUCCAACGACUCGACAUCACAUUGCACACUUUUGCCCGAAUUUGGAUAUUGCACGAAAAUGCAUAAGAACUUGUAUGAAAAAAGGCAAACCUGCGUUCUGCGGAAAAGAUCACGUGUGCUACUGUGGACAUAAAUACAAAAGCAUAGAUCAUACUUCUGGUGAAAACUUAGAAGAUACUUAUAUCCAAUUUCGGGACAUGUAUGAAAAAUAUUUUGGAAACCGGAAUACUGAGGAAUAA